AUGGACAGCAAGCUUCUGGGCCUCGACAUCUUCACUGGCGGCAAAGCAAGAGGCAAGGAGCCCAAGGACUACCAUGGUAUGUUUAACCACGAUUGCUCUGUCGAUUGGUUUGGCAAAUUGCUCUCGGAGAUGGACCAGCUCCAAGUGACCAACGCACUGAUUGUCAUGGAUAAUGCAAAAUAUCACAAAGGUCGCCCUGCAGACAUUCCUUCAAGCAGAAUGCGAAAGAAGCGUUUGCAGGACGAAUGUGUGCGAUUUGGCAUCGAAUUCGACGAGUCUGACUACAAGAGCAUCCUGUGGGAGGAGCUGUCGCAGUAUAUUCACAAGCACAUUGAUCCGGUCGUUGUUGACAUGGCAAAGAAGCGUGGCCAUACUGUUGUGUUUACUCCGCCGCACCACUCUGAUUCGCAGCCCAUUGAGUUGGUUUGGGCCAUUGUCGAAGGUGAAGUUGGCCGUCGUUAUGACAAUGAAACCAAGUUCGCCGACGUCAAGAAGAGGAUUGACGCGGCAUUUGCUGCUUUGACACCAGAUGCUCUGAAGGGAUGCGUCAAAGUUGUCCAAGAAAAGUUGAAGUUGCUGCAUGAGCAUCUUGUGCAAGUGGAUGCAAUGAAUGUGGACGAAGAGUCAUCUGCUGAGAGCGACACCGACGGUGACACGGAAGAUACAUGUGAUAGUUUAAAUAGAUAG